AUGGACCCAACGCAGUACACCGGCGACUUCCACAGGGCCUCCGAGCCCUCGACCGGCGUCCUCCUCCUCGAGUUCAACAGGCAAGUCGCUAUCCUCCCAAGACCAAGAGCUGAUCGCACUUCUAGGGCUCCAGUCAAUGCCUUUCACGAUGCGCAAGUCUUGUGGCAAGAGAUGCAUCGCAUCGUCGAUGACGUCUCCAAUGACCCCGACGUGCGAUGUAUCGUCCUCAGUUCGGCACUCGAGAACGCCUUCACCGCCGGGCUAGACGUCACCAAAAGCGAGCUGUCCUCCGGAAAGACCUUUCUCGACCCCGCACGCCGAGCGACCUCCCUCCGUGCCCAUCUCCUCAAGUUCCAAGCCGCCAUCACCUCUCUAUCCCGCGCCCGCCAGCCCGUCGUCUGUGCGUUGUUUGGCUCGUCCGUCGGGCUCGCCAUCGACAUUGCCUCGGCCUGCGAUAUCCGGGUCUGCGCUUCCAACGUCAAGUUUGGCAUAUUCGAGGUCAAUGUUGGACUUGCGGCAGAUAUCGGGACACUGCAGAGGUUUCCCAAGAUUAUAGGGAAUGAUAGCAAGGCGAGGGAGCUGGCAAUGAUCGGGAGGCCGUUUGGGGCGAAGGAGGCGGAGGAGAUUGGGUUUGUGAGUGAGGUUGCGCAGGGGGGACGGCAAGAGGUCAUAGAACUGGCCCUUCAAAAGGCCAAGAUGAUUGCCUCGAGAAGCCCCAUCGCAGUCAUCGGUACCAAGGAGGUCAUGAAUCACUCUCGAGACCAUAGCGUCGACGACGGUCUGCAAUAUGUAGCCACAUGGAACAUGGCCAUGCUCCAAUCUGAGGACACGCCGAAAGCAAUGGGAUCGGCGCUGAAGCGAACACCAGUAACCUUUGACCCCAUUGCGAAAGCAAAGCUCUAG